AGCGCACAGAAUAAAAUGGCGGCCGUGACUUCUGAAGGAGCCCGAAUAUUGAUCUUGGUUGGCUGUUUUCCCUGCGGGGAGGCUGCGGAAGUAGCUCUGCGUGCCGCCGGAAGUUGGUGAUGGUGCCUGGCGGACCUGACCUGGUUGCGGACAGACCUUCUUCUCCAUGCGGGCCGGGAGUGGUCCUUCACGCAAAGCAACUGACAAACGUCCUUCAAAGAAGCUAAAAUGUGAAAAGAAAAGCCUGGCCAAACGGGAGAUACAAGGAGUCGAUUUCUGUGCAGGCACGAGCCACCUUCUCUUCCCAAAAGAGACAGCCGAUAAAGCCGCCUCAGGCGUGAAGUUUCCACACCUCAAGAUGAUGCUGCAAAGCGAAGGGAAGGAGGUUCCUCAGACAGCUGAAGAGAUGCUGGAGGCUGAAGAUGAUGGCCUCUGCGUGAAGCCAUCAGCGCCAGGUACAGAUGGCAAAGCCCUCUUCCAGCCCCGUGUCCAGAAUGUGGAGGAAGAGAAUGAGGAAGAAGAAGAGGAAGAGGAAAGCUGUGGAACUCGGUUGUCGGAUGACUCUGAGAUGGAGCCAGAGGUGCUGAGUCAAGGCUUCAAGUUGGACAACAGCAUUUUCUUGAACGAGGACAGCAACCAGCCACUGCCGGUAGACCGAUUCUUUGGCAGUGUGGCGUUUAUGCAGGACCUCCCAGCCCAUCCUCUCUCCCGGGUGUCUGCCAGCAGGCGAGAGCUGAGAAAGGGACACUUCAUAGCCAAGGACGAUGACGACGAUGAAAAGGAAGAAGUCGCUUGAGCACCGAGCACUGACCCGGUCACCUUCAGUAGCUGCCAUUUCUUUUUCCCUGACGCAAAUGUGCAUCUCACCACCGCUGUUGCAUCUUCUAGAGAAGUGCAUCUUCUUUUCUGAAAAAGUUAACCCUCCCAGUUCUGAUGUUGGAGGCAAAGUCACAGACUGCGUGCGAGGCAAAGGCAGAAAGUCAGCAGAAAGUUUUGACAGCACUUGUUACGAACAACUCCUGACUCCCAGAAGGGGAGAAGAGCAAAGAGUUCCCAGAAGCAGCAUGUGUGGGGGAAACAAGUCAGUAUCUUGAUUCCUGUGAGAAUGCAAGCUUGGAAGGUGGGAGUUGUGGGGUCACUUCGCAACUUCCUGCAGGCUCUUAGACCUCAGGGGUCGCUCCAGCAAGCUUGGGAGGAGGGUUUGCAGGAUCUCUCGGGCACAGUGAGAGAUGCUAGCUCCAGUAUGAAUGACUAUCCCCUCCAGCCUCCUUUUCCAAAGAGGUAACGAUCCACUUUGCCUACAGUAUUUCUUGCACUGCUGAUCACCCAGGUUGCGAGGCAGCGGCCUGGAACGGCAGAAGCUUAGUAGAGAACUAAUUAAAAACAAUUUAUAGAGCCCUUAA